UUCAAGUCCCAUCGUUUUCUCGCCCCAUCCCUUCGAUCCGUGGCGUACAUGCCCCGACCCGGAGAUGGCACUCCCCGGCCAGUCACCCUUAUUCCCGGUGACGGUAUCGGUCCUCUCGUGACUGGUGCCGUCGAACAAGUCAUGGAAGCAAUGCACGCUCCCGUUUACUUCGAACGUUAUGAUGUACACGGUGACAUGAAGAUCGUGCCCAUUGAGGUGAUGGAUUCCAUCCGCAAAAACAAGGUCUGUAUUAAAGGAGGCUUGAAGACUCCUGUUGGCGGUGGUGUCAGUUCCAUUAACGUUCUGCUUCGGAAAGAGCUGGAUCUGUAUGCUUCCCUUGUACACUGCUUCAACUUGCAGGGCCUUCCCACUCGCCACCACAACGUUGAUAUUGUUGUUAUCAGGGAAAACACUGAGGGUGAAUAUUCUGGUCUUGAGCAUGAGGUUGUUCCUGGCGUUGUUGAGAGCCUUAAGGUGAUAACAAAAUUUUGCUCUGAGCGCAUUGCAAAAUAUGCCUUUGAAUAUGCAUUCCUCAACAACCGCAAGAAAGUGACCGCUGUGCACAAAGCAAACAUCAUGAAACUCGCGGAUGGUUUAUUUCUGGAGUCUUGUCGUGAGGUUGCUAGCAAGUACCCUGGUAUCAAGUACGAUGAGAUCAUUGUUGAUAACUGCUGCAUGCAACUUGUAUCGAAGCCAGAGCAAUUUGACGUUAUGGUCACCCCUAAUCUCUAUGGCAAUCUGGUGGCAAAUACAGCAGCUGGUAUUGCUGGAGGCACGGGUGUAAUGCCAGGAGGUAAUGUCGGGGCAGAUCAUGCUGUUUUCGAGCAAGGUGCUUCAGCAGGAAAUGUGGGAAAUGAGAAGAUAAUGGAGCAAAAAAAGGCAAAUCCAGUUGCCUUGCUUCUUUCAUCCGCCAUGAUGUUGAGACAUUUGCAGUUCCCUUCAUUUGCAGAUAGACUAGAGACUGCAGUGAAGCGUGUAAUUGCAGAAGGUAAACACAGGACAAAAGAUGUAGGCGGAGAUAGCACCACCCAAGAAGUUGUGGAUGCUGUCAUAGCAAAUCUGGACUAAAUUUUGAGAUUGAUCUCCUUUCUCGUGUUUUCAAGGUAAAGUGUUUAUUCAUGCCAGAGGUUCUCUUACACCAUUCUUGUAUUGAUUUUGAUUGUUCAGCACUUUUGUGGUGUGGUUAGUUUCAGAGAUGCCAUAUUGGGUCGAUGUAAUUGGGCUUCCUUGAUGGAAAUAUCACUAUAAGAAUCGGAAUUUCAUAGUUAUAGAAGCUGCUUAAUAAAUAUUUCUUUAAUAGCUUGUUUCUA